AUGCCGCGCGGUCAAGGAAACGAAACCGGUUCUUCAGAACCCCAUACCGUCCCCUAUGGCUCCUGGGAAUCUUUCCCCGAGCAACCGUUCCCCAUGUAUGCGGGAACCAAGUCGAUAAUCUAUAGGUCCACUGACGGCAAGGUGGUGGUGGGAAUGUUGCGUGAAAAGGGGAAAGAUACACUGGCAUGGCCAGUUGAUGAAUUCCUUUUCGUCACUCAAGGAACGAUCCGUAUUGAAGUGCACGGCGGCGAGAGCUUUACACUCGGCAAGGGUGAUCUGAUGGUGAUGAAAAAGGGCCAGACAAUCACGUUUGAGUGUAGCGAAGACUUUGCAAAUGUUGCCGUUUUCAUGGAUCUAGAGGACAAGGUCACGCUGGUAUGA